UGGGGGAGCAUGACGUGCAGAUUGUUAAAAUGCAAGCCAUGGUCCUCUGAUUGGCUCGUGGGAAAUGGAUAGUCUUUAUAUCGACAGCAGUUGCAUCCUCUGUGUUUUCAACUGCUGCAAAGAAAGCAAGAGUGGGAAAAGAGAGAGAGAGAGAGGAAGGCAUCUCAGCAACAGUGAGUCAAUCUGAAAUCUGGAAAUGGACACUGCGGAGUUCCGAAAAAGAGGAAAAGAGAUGGUGGAUUAUAUUGCAGAUUACCUGGAGCUCAUAGAGAAGAGGCAGGUGUAUCCUGAUGUAGAGCCGGGCUACUUGAGACCCCUCAUCCCAGACUGUGCUCCCGAAGAACCAGAAAGAUUUGAAGACAUCCUUCAAGAUGUUGAAAGGGUCAUUAUGCCAGGGGUAACCCACUGGCACAGCCCGUACUUCUUUGCUUAUUUCCCUACAGCUAACUCGUUCCCAGCUCUUCUUGCAGACAUGCUCUCUGGGGGCAUAGGAUGCAUUGGCUUUUCUUGGGCAUCCAGCCCGGCAUGCACAGAACUGGAGACCGUGAUGCUGGAUUGGCUAGGAAAAAUGAUCGAUCUGCCCCCCCAGUUUUUGGCUGGGAAAGAUGGAGAAGGAGGUGGGGUGAUCCAGAGCACCGCCAGCGAGGCUACCUUGGUCGCCCUCCUUGCGGCCAGAACCAAAGCACUCAAUCGAGUCCAGUCAGAAAACAGAAGAUUGACUCCGGGAGAAAUCAUGGGCCGCUUGGUGGCAUAUACAUCUGAUCAAGCUCAUUUUUCAGUGGAAAAGGCCGGAUUAAUUGCCGGAGUGAAGAUUAAAGCGGUACCCACUGAUGACAAGUUUGCUGUACGUGGAUCAGCUCUAAGAAAAGUUCUGGAUCAAGACAAAGCUGCUGGUCUUAUCCCGUUCUUUUUUUGUGCAACACUGGGAACCACGACGUGCUGCUCUUUCGAUAAACUUCUGGAACUGGGCCCGAUUUGUAACACUGAAAAUAUGUGGAUGCACAUUGACGCCGCCUACGCUGGGAGUUCCUUCGUCUGUCCCGAAUUCCGCUACCUUCUCAACGGAGUGGAAUUUGCAGAUUCAUUUAACUUCAACCCACACAAAUGGCUUCUGGUGAACUUUGACUGUUCUACCAUGUGGGUGAAGAAGAGGACAGAUUUAACCUGUGCCUUUAAAAUAGACCCCGUGUACCUGAAGCACGACCAUCAAGAAUCUGGACUUAUCACAGAUUAUAGGCACUGGCAGAUUCCUCUGGGCCGGCGGUUCCGCUCCUUGAAAAUGUGGUUUGUGUUUCGCAUGUAUGGUGUGAAAGGACUCCAGGAACACAUUCGAAAGCAUGUUAAGCUGGCCCACGAAUUUAAGGACCUGGUGCUUCAGGAUGAUCGAUUUGAGAUCUGUGCCGAUGUUGUUUUGGGACUGGUGUGCUUCCGACUGAAGGGUAAGAAUGAACUCAACGAAGCGCUGCUGAAGAGCAUCAACGAGGCCAGGAAGAUCCAUCUUGUCCCGUGUCGCACCAGGAGGUCGUGCUCCGUUUCUCGGUUUCAGCGCCGCUUGCCGUGGAAUCUGCCCACGUCAGUUAAGCCUGGAAGGGCACACAUCCUGGAAGCUGUGACCCGAACUCUUGAAAGCCAGGCAACUUAAUGGCCGGACUUGAUUGACGCUGGAUGCUUUAGAGGGGAAUGAUGUAGCGCGGUGGUAGCUGUGAAUUAUGGCAUCUCAGUUUAUCGAUAUUUCAAAGAGCUCCUCCAGAGCAACAAACUACGCUAGAACCAAUUUGCAAAUAAAAGAUGGGCAGCCCAAGUCAGAGCCCUGAGGGUUCCCCAUUACCUCUUUACAGCCAAAAAGCCCUCCAUUGGGCUCAAUGGGCUUAUGCCACCCAGCAGGAUGGUGUAAGUACAUGCCCUGGGUGCCAGUAUCCCGGGAGGCAAUGCCAGGGUUGAAGCCAACUAAUAUCAGCUCCACCCCGCACCAUGCUUCUGGAACGGCCCCUCCAUAGCUGCAGAGCCAGUAGGGGCUCGGGGGCACUAAUGCAACACCUUGUGCCACAUUUUGGGGUGUCUUGGGAGGCUGCUGUGGUUGCCCGCUGGUGGAUUUUCCCCUCCACAGGGGUCUGUGCCUCUGGGAGGGCAAAUCCGCCAGUGUAGGGCCCUGCCUCUUCCACAACUGUCCUUGCCACCGCCCCACUCUGGAUUGGGCCAUAAGAAUUAUGUCUUGUGGAAUACAAUCUGCCCAGCCCAGCUAAGAGCAGUAUCUGUGUAUGUAUCUGCCCUUGGUAUUUUUGUAGCUUCUCCCUGCCUUAAGAACAUAGACCCCAGCCUGGAUCAGACCAGAGUCCCA